UUUCGGUCAACUUUCUACCGUCAUAGUUUGACGACCUCUCAUCAAUAUAUACUGGAGAAGGGAGUCGGUAAGCGGGAAAUACCAAAGUCAAAAUAAACCCCACGGCAAAGAAAGGUGAAUUACGUCAAGCCGGGGGGCGUAACCAAAGAAUGUGACGCAUUUGAAUCUUCUCUUCCCUCGGACCAAUUUCCUCUCCAAUGCCUGUACAUAGACCUACUCAAAAUGUCAAGCGGUAGAAGCAAUGCCAUUUUGAUUUCUACGUCUGUGCUACUGGGUAUUUCGCUGGUCACUGUUUGUCUCCGAUGUUAUGUACGUCUUAGAAUCGUCAAGGCGUUUGGGUGGGAUGACUCUUUAAUGGUCACCGCGAUGAUAUUUAACAUUGGAUUCGCCAUAUGUGGAAUCAUCGGGACAACCUAUGGCAUUGGGAAGAAGGCAGAGUAUUUUCAAAGUCGACCGGAUGAUUUUCAACUCGCCAUGUUAUACUGGUGGCUGGCCCAACUGUUUUACGUGGUUACAUGCACGAUGAUGAGGAUGUCGAUUGCCGUCAUGCUUCUUCGAUUGGUCAUCGAUCGAGUGUUUUUUGGCAUCCUUUACGGCGUGAUGGCGCUGUCGACCAUAGCAGGGCUCAUUUUUUUCUUCUUUACCAUAUUUCAAUGCACACCGGUUGCGUACUAUUGGGGUCGAUUAACGAUGCAAGGCAAGUGUUUGAACACCAACACUUUGCUCGGAAUCGCGUAUUUUUAUAGUGCGGCGGCCACAGCGUGUGAUCUGACCAUUGGAAUUCUGCCUGCGGUGUUGAUAUGGAAUCUGAGAAUCAGCCAUCGCGCAAAGCUUGGAAUCGCAGUCAUUCUUGGAAUUGGUUGCAUUGCAAGCGCUGGGGUGAUUGUCCGAAUCCCUUUUCUGCACCGCAUAACGAGUCCAGAUUUUCUAUCCUCAACCUUCCAGGCGACAAUAUGGUCCAACGCUGAAGCAAACUUAGGCAUUACUGCCGGGAGUCUUGCCCCUAUACGCCCACUUUUUCGCGACCUUACCUGCAUGAGGGGCAAAGGUAACCUUACAAGAGCCGCGCGCAUCUCGAGCGAUAGGUAUUCGAGUGCCCAUAACAGCGAGAGUAAUGAGUAUGUAGCCUACUGAUGCUGGGUGAUAUCAGACCUGUAUUUACUCUAGGAUUUCAAUCCUAAAACUAG